GAGGCCCGGCCGGGCGGCACCGCGGGGAGGGGCCUGGCCACGCCAGAAGCUGCCGCUUAAAAGGGGGUGGCCCGGCUGGGCGAUGCCACGGGUGACCUCGACGCCAGGGCCAGGGCACCCCCGGGGACAACGGGGAGCCCGGCCAACGAGACAGCCGGGCACCGCCACCAUGUGCGAGCUGUACAGCAAGGAGGACACGCUGGCGCUGCGGGGCAAGCACAUCGGGCCCUCCUGCAAGGUGUUCUUCGCCGAGGACCCGGUGAAGAUCGUGCGCGCCCGGCGGCAGUACAUGUUCGACGAGCGCGGCCAGCGCUACCUCGAUUGCAUCAACAACGUGGCCCACGUGGGGCACUGCCACCCCGAGGUGGUGCAGGCCGCCCGCGCGCAGAUGGAGCUGCUCAACACCAACUCGCGCUUCCUGCACGACAACAUCGUGGCGCUCGCCCGGCGCCUGGCGGCCACGCUGCCACCGCCACUCCACGUCUGCUACUUCACCAACUCGGGGUCUGAAGCCAACGACUUAGCCUUACGCCUGGCUCGGCAGUUUCGGGGCCACCAAGAUGUGAUCACCCUGGACCAUGCUUAUCAUGGUCACCUAUCAUCUUUAAUUGAGAUCAGUCCAUAUAAAUUCCAGAAGGACAAAGAUGCCAAGAAAGAAUUUGUACACGUGGCCCCAGCUCCAGACACGUACAGAGGGAGGUACCGGGAAGGCCACCCGGACCCUGCGGGAGCCUACGCAGACGAAGUGAAGAAGAUCAUUGACGAAGCCCACGCCGGCGGGAGGAAGAUCGCUGCCUUUAUUGCUGAAUCCAUGCAGAGUUGUGGUGGACAAAUAAUCCCCCCGAAAGGCUAUUUCCAGAAAGUGGCGGAACACGUCCGCAGAGCAGGGGGCGUGUUUAUAGCCGACGAGGUGCAGGUGGGCUUCAGCCGAGUGGGGAAGUCCUUCUGGAGCUUCCAGAUGCACGGCGAAGACUUCGUCCCGGACAUCGUCACCAUGGGAAAGCCCAUGGGCAACGGCCACCCUGUGGCUUGUGUGGUGACAACCCAAGAAAUCGCGGAAGCCUUCUACCGCUCCGGGAUGGAGUAUUUCAAUACGUACGGAGGAAAUCCAGUAUCUUGCGCUGUGGGUUUGGCGGUCCUGGAUGUAAUUGAAAAGGAAGACCUGCAAGGAAAUGCUCUCAGAGUGGGAAAUCACCUCACUGAGUUACUGAAUAAGCAGAAGGCCAAGCAUGCGUUGAUAGGAGAUGUCAGGGGUGCUGGCCUCUUCAUCGGAAUUGACUUAGUGAAGGACCGCGAGAAAAGAACGCCCGCCACUGCCGAAGCCCAGCACAUCAUCUACAAGAUGAAGGAGAAACGCGUGCUGCUCAGCGCUGACGGACCUCACCGAAACGUGCUCAAAAUAAAACCGCCCAUGUGCUUCACUGCGGAAGACGCCGAGUUCAUGGUGGAGCAGCUGGACGCAGUUCUGACAGUUUUAGAGGAAUCCACAGGAAGCCAAACCAAACCAGUGAUCUCUGAGAAUAUUCCACACAGAACACAGAAGUCUAAGGAGCCCCCCCAGGAGAACACCCCUGAUGCCACCACAGACAAUGCCCGUGGGAAGAGGAACAGUGCGUGCUCAGGGAAGCGGUUACCGCCGGGAAAAAGGCUCAAGACGUGAUAGCCCGGCCCAAAGAGGGAGCCGCCAGCCUCAGGGAGCCAUGCAGAGGACAUCCUGCCCCAUUCCAUUGGUAAAUGAAAGGUCACUGGCGCUAGGCGUGAACCUAGAGACACUCAAACCACAUUGAGAUUGUUCGGUCCACCGCUGGCCAGUUAAUUCCUCCCCUGAGACUUCUGAACUUACCGAACUUAUUAAUUCUAUAAUCAAAUCAAAGCCUGCAAACACAGAAUUCAGUGGCAGGCUGACUUCUUGUGUCUUAAUGUUUGAAAUUAGACAGCCAAGGAUAAUAGCUUCCUUAACUUCAGGGACUUAGUGUAUCAAACUACACAUUCUAUGAGAUUUAAUAUGUAAAAGUCUAUUUAUGAACUGUAAUUAAAUAAAAAACAAUAUAAAUAAAAAUCACUAGAAAAUCGU